GGCGUUAGUGGUUCACCCUUAAAACCCUAACUUUCCCGCCCCUAAACCCUAGUUGCCCUCCUCCUCUCUCUCAUGGCUUCCGUACCGUUGAAGAAGAACUACCGCUGCGUGCCCUCGCUUCAGCAGUUCUACACGGGCGGACCCUUCGCCGUCUCUUCGGACGGCUCAUUCAUCGCUUGCGCAUGCGGCGAAUCCAUCAGGAUCGUUGAUUCUUCCAACGCCUCGGUAAGGUCCACGAUCGACACGGACUCGGAGGCCCCCACGGCCUUGGCGCUUAGCCCCAAUGACAAGUUGCUCUUCUCCGCCGGCCACAGUCGCCAGAUUAGGGUCUGGGAUUUGUCCACCCUCAAGUGCGUGCGGUCUUGGAAGGGCCAUGAAGGUCCUGUGAUGGGUAUGGCUUGCCACUUGUCUGGAGGAUUACUUGCAACUGCUGGAGCUGAUGGGAAAGUCCUUGUUUGGGAUGUCGAUGGUGGCUUUUGUACUCAUUACUUCAAGGGCCAUACAGGGGUUGUUUCUAGUAUUAUGUUCCAUCCUGAUACGAAUAGAGCACUUCUUUUCUCCGGAAGUGCGGAUGCAACAGUACGAGUCUGGGAUCUCUUAGCUAAGAAGUGUGUUGCAACAUUUAAAAAACAUGAGUCAGCAGUAACUUCUAUUGCUGUAUCUGAAGAUGGAAGGAUCUUGCUCACUGCUGGAAGAGAUAAGGUUGUGCACUUGUGGGACCUUCAUGGCUAUGGUUUCAUAAAGACUGUUCUAACAUAUGAGGUACUCGAAGCAGUGUGUGUGGUUCAUUCUGGGAGCCUCUUUGCUUCAUUCCUGGCUUCAUUCUAUAAGCAAAGCGAGAAGAGAAAAAGUGUGUCAUCGGCAAUUCAUUUUGUCACAGUUGGUGAACGUGGGAUUGUAAGAAUAUGGAACUCUGAAAGUGCGGCUUGCUUGUUUGAGCAAAAGUCAUCUGAUAUCACUGCCAGCUCAGACAUGGAUAGGGGCUUCACAUCUGCAGUAAUGCUGCCUGUAGAUCAAGGAUUGGUUUGUGUGACUGCUGAUCAACAGUUUCUUUUCUUUGCCCCUCUAGAACAAACAGAAGGGAUGUUUAAAUUAGCAUUAAGCAGAAGACUUGUUGGAUACAAUGAAGAUAUUGUGGAUAUGAGGUUUGUAGGUGAAGAGGAAAAAUUCCUUGCUGUUGCCACAAAUAUUGAACAGGUACGAGUGUAUGACCUAGUGGACAUGUCAUGUUCUUAUGUGUUAGCUGGUCAUACUGAAACUGUUCUAUGCCUUGACACCUGUGUAUCAAGUUCUGGAAGAACACUAAUUGCCACUGGAAGUAAGGACAACAGUGUUAGGCUGUGGGAAUCAGAAAGAAGAUGUUGUACUGGAGUUGGUGUUGGUCAUAUGGGAGCUGUUGGAGCCAUUGCUUUCUCAAAGAAGCGGAAGGACUUCUUUGUUAGUGGCAGUAGUGAUCGUACUCUUAAAGUCUGGAGUUUGGACAGUCUCGUAGAUGAGGCGGUGCAGCCUAUUAAGUUGAAAGCAAAAGCAGUUGUAGCUGCUCAUGAUAAGGAUAUCAAUUCUCUAGCUAUUGCACCAAAUGAUAGCUUUGUUUGCAGUGGUUCUCAGGAUCGCACUGCUUGUGUUUGGAGGCUUCCAGAUCUGGUAUCAGUAGUUGUACUUAAAGGGCAUAAAAGGGGGAUUUGGUCAGUAGAGUUUUCUCCUGUUGAUCAAUGUAUCAUAACAGCAUCAGGUGAUAAAACGAUAAAGAUAUGGGCUAUAUCCGAUGGUUCGUGCUUGAAAACAUUUGAAGGGCAUACGUCUAGUGUAUUAAGAGCAUCCUUUAUUUCUCGUGGGGCCCAAUUUGUUUCUUGUGGUGCCGAUGGCCUUGUAAAGCUAUGGACAGUCAAAACCAAUGAGUGCAUUGCUACAUAUGAUAAGCAUGAGGACAAGGUUUGGGCUUUAGCUGUUGGGAAGAAGUCAGAUAUGCUUGCUACUGGUGGUGGCGAUGCUGUUAUCAAUUUGUGGUAUGAUUGUACUGCUGAUGAUAAAGAAGAGGCUUUCCGUCAAGAGGAGGAGGAGGUUCUGAAAGGCCAGGAAUUAGAAAAUGCCGUAUCAGAUGCUGACUACAUUAAGGCAAUACAAAUUGCGUUUGAACUUCGCAGGCCUCAUAAACUCUUUAAGAUGUUUGCUGAACUUUGCAGGAAGAGAGAUGCUCAAGGUCAGAUAGAUAAAGCCCUUCAUGCCCUUGGCAAGGGCGAGUUUCGUCUUUUGUUUGAAUAUGUUCGAGAAUGGAAUACCAAGCCAAAGCUGUGUCAUGUUGCACAAUUUGUGCUGUUCAGGGUUUUCAACAUUCUUCCUCCAACGGAGAUUAUUGAGAUAAAAGGGAUAGGUGAACUCCUUGAAGGUCUUGUCCCAUAUUCUCAGAGGCAUUUUAGCAGGAUAGACAGGCUUGUAAGAAGCACUUUUUUGUUGGACUACACUCUGACUAGAAUGUCAGUUAUUGAACCGGAAAUCGAUGAAAAAGAAAGGAAAGAUGAGUCUUUGAAGCACUCUCAUGUCCAGCAUGUGGAUGAGGUGCUUUCGACGGAAAAUGCUGAUUCCGAACAAAAACAGAAUUCUGAAGAACGGCAGGCCGCUUCAAAGAAACGGAAAUCAAAGAAAUCCAAAGACAGUACAAAUAAGAAGGUGAAGAGUGUGGCAUACACGAGUGUUGAAGCUCUUUCAUUACAGGCAUGAUACAUUGGGGGUGCUUUCAUCCCGUUGAUGUAUUUAUUGAUUUCUCUUAGAUUCCUUCACAGGUUUCACAGUUUUGGCUGUCCUUUUAGGCUUUAGUUGUGGUUAAAGCCAAUGUAGAAUAUGCGCCUUAAUUGAUUCUUUUUUCUUUUCCUCUUCUUCCCUCUCUCUCAUCACAUUUUGGUGAACCAACCAUGAAUAUUGGAACACUUGACACUCAGAAACACUGUACGUCUCUGUACGAGGGCUUUUGCUUGAGCAUAAUGGAAUGAUA